GGCAAGCGACCUCAAAGUCCGGAACCAAACUGCAGUUCGCGCGGGAGGCGACAGGGCAUCGGAAAGCCAUCGGGAACUAGCGUUAGCAAGUCCAUACAUAGUAUAUAGAUAGUGAUGUCGAUGGCGUAUCCCUGAAGUUGUGCAGACUGCGGACAGAGGAUAAUCCAAAUGGCAAAAAACAGGAUAUCCGAUGAUAUGUACUGUGUCCCUAGCAGGUGAUUGACCCCAGGCCGCGUCAUGGCUCAUGGCAGCAUUCCCCGGGUCUCCUCGAUUCGGCUCCAGAGUUGUUUCAAAUUCGCUUAUCUCCCCGCGAGAAAAAGAGAACAAGGGGAUGCUGUUAUUAGGGACGUAGGGAGAGUGGCGAUCGACCGCUAGAGGCGUCAAUCCGGAUGGAUAUUCCGAUCGAACAUCAGACUCCUAGGACCCAAUAAUGUGCAGAACAUCCUUACGCCACGAUCGGAUGCUUGGGUCGGAGGAGCAUCCCGUCUGUAUUCCAAAUCUUUUCUUGAAGCCAGAAGUACCCGUCGCGGACUUUACAGACCAGACAAUCAUAGCAACAGUAUCCAAUGUCGGUCUGGGAAAGGAGGCUUGCAAAUACUUUGUCCGGAUGAACGCAGCACGGGUCAUCGCGACUGUGCGCAACGAGUCUCGCAGACUGUCCGCAUUGCGAGAAAUCGAGAAGGAAACAGGCCGAAAAGGAAUAGUAGAGUUGUGGGAGCUCGACUAUGGCAGAUAUGACAGCGUCUUGGUGUUCGGAGAGCGAGUGAAGAAGGCAUUGCAACGGUUAGACAAGGUCGUGCUCAAUGCUGGAGUCGCAACAUGGAACUGGGAGCUACUCGAGGAACAUGAGAGUAUCAUCAUAGUCAAUGUUAUCAGCACCACCUUGCUUUCUUGUAUUCUCUUGUCAGUCCUGCAGCGCAGUGCCCGGUUGAAUGGUAGUGAUCCGGCGCUGAGCAUACUGCUUCAGAUUUUCGUCGUUCGCGAGAUUGUGGCCCGGAUCCAGAAUGCUGAGCCGUUUGUCACCAUCAACACCCUCAACCCGGGCAUGUGCUACACGGAUCUAACCCGCAGCGCUGAGGGAUUUGCCAAGAUCUUUUUGAUAGUCAUGAGAGCCCUGAUAGCAUGGACAGCCGAGGAGGGUUCGCGCACGCUGGUCCAUGCUACUAUGCAGGCAAAGAGAGCCAUGGCGCGUUCAUCACCGGCGGCAACCUCAUCAAGAAGUGCAAAGACGUUAAGAAUCAUUGAUAUGGGCUAA